GAUGACUUUGACAGUUCUGAAGACUUCCACCAAACAUUGAACAAUUUAGGAAAUGUUUUUGCCAAAACCCUCGUCUUCCUGGCAAUUAAAUAAUGAAGGAACUGAUAGUUUCAGCAAUCUGGUCUAUAUACACACCUCUUUACAGUGCCUAUAACUUCCUAGCCAAAAGAACGAUGAAGUUUAUUGUUCUUCUUUGCAUGGCAUGCUGCUUCUUGUGUUUCGUAAGAGAAGCUAAUGGCUGCCAGUAUCCACAGAGAUGUGGGUAUCUCAACAUAAAUUACCCCUUCAACAUCAAGGGUUCGAAUUGUGGGCACUCCAAUUUCUCUCUUGUAUGCAAACACAACUCCACUUUUGGAGAGGGGAACACCACAUUUCUUUCGACUCCUACAGGCGAAUACCAGGUCUUAAAGCUCUCAAACGACUCUCUCCUAAUCAAUGUGACUCAUCUCAAAGCCAUCAGUUGCAGCGUCUCACAGACUGGAAAACAAAACUUUUCACUUCCCAGAAAGGGCCCUUUCACAAUAUCGGGUUCCAAUGUGUUUGCUUCAGUUGGUUGCUAUGCCAACGGAUCGUUUUCCUCUGUUACCCCUACCUCAAAGAAUAUAACAGUUGGAGGAAUGUGUGCGGCUUCGUGUUUGAAGAUCAAGAACCCUGACUACUGUAAUGGGUUUGGUUGCUGCCAAACUACCUUCAUGGAGAAUUGGAGAAAAGUGAAAUUUGAGGCGAUGCCCUAUGCGAAGCCGACAUCUGGUAAGUGCGUGUUCUCUACCAUACUUGAUCCAGCGACCUUCAAGAUAGAGGAGUCUGAUAAAGGAAAAUUUGGGGCUGGUACUUAUGGCCUAAAGAUCGAUUGGGGUAUUAAUGUUACUGAAACUAAUAUUUGUUCCACUGCCAAACGAAUGGACAAUCUAUGCUGCUCCAACCAUGCUCAUUGUAAAGAUGUUAUCGGCAUGCCCGACUACAAGGUGUGUGUAUGUGAUGACGGGUAUGAGGGUGAUGGUUACCAGGGAGGCCUCCAGUGCACCGAUAUUGAUGAAUGUGCUGAUCCGAAAUUGAAUGACUGCAUUCCACCACCGGUGGGACUAUGUCGGAACUUAGAGGGUAGUUUCACCUGCUCCUGCACGAAGGGAGAAGGCGACGGUAGAAAGAGUUGCACAGAGAAAGCCAGCAUACUCAUCCCUCUGCUUAUAGGAAUCUUUUCAUCGCUGGUAGGGGGGUCUUUGAUUGCAGGGGCCAUGGUUUGGGCAGUGAAGAAAAGGAAACAGAAGCUUCUGAGAAGAAAGUACUUUCUCCAAAACAGAGGCCUUCUGCUGCAAGAAUACAUCUCUUCAGACAGAGGGCGAAGGAAAUCCACUAUUUUCUCAGAAGCAGAGCUCAUAAAGGCAACUAAUAAUUUCUCCGAAGACCUUAAAGUCGGAGUUGGAGGUUUUGGUUAUGUUUACCGGGGCAAACUAGCAGAAGGCCGAAUGGUGGCCAUAAAAAAAUGCAAAGAAGUUGAUGAGGAACAAAUCGAUCAAUUCAUCAAUGAAGUCAUAAUUCUGUCUCAGAUUGAUCACAGAAACGUUAUAAAACUUCUGGGCUGCUGCUUGGAAACUCGAAUCCCUUUACUGGUCUAUGAAUAUGUCUCCAAUGGCACACUAUCUGAUCAUAUCCAUGGAAAGGAUGGGAUGGAAUGCUUGACAUGGAAUACGAGGUUACAGAUCACAAUAGACACUGCAGAAGCACUGGCUUACCUGCAUUCUUCUACAUCAGUUCCAAUUGUGCAUAGAGAUAUCAAGUCUGCAAACAUUUUACUUGACUCCACAUGCUCUCCAAAGUUAUCAGACUUUGGAUUGUCCUGUCUAAUGCCAACGGACAAUACCCAUCUGACUACCGAAGUGAAGGGGACAUUUGGGUACUUGGAUCCACACUACUUCGUGACUGUUCAGCUCACACACAAAUCGGAUGUCUACAGCUUUGGAGUAGUAAUGGUGGAGCUCUUAACCAGCAUGAAACCUCUGUCUAUAAACAGAGCAAAAGAGCAACGGAACUUGACAGCCUUGUUCUUGUCUAAAAAAGGCCAAGGUCUUCUUCAUGAAAUAUUCGAUACUCGCUUAGUGGGAAUGGAUCACAUUGAAUCCAUGACAAGUGUGGCUAAUUUAGCAGAAGCUUGUCUAGAUGUGGAUGUGCAGAGGCGACCUUCCAUGAAGGAUGUUGUUCAAGAGCUCCUGUGGAUUAAAAAUGGGAAGAUGAGAGGAGGAGAAGGGUAUACUUGGCAAAGCCAAAAGGAUAUUAAUGAGGAAGAGACGUCUGUGCUUAUUGAUUCAGAAGAGAGGAGCCACCAUAAAAAAGUGAGAUUUGAUGAAAGUAGCAAUGUGUUUUAUUCAUUUUCUGGAUCCAAUGUUUCUUCCACCUUUCAGGUAGAAAGCAUAGAUUCUGUGGGUAGUGGAAGAUAACAAAUUACAGUGUACAGUAGACUCAUUCUCAAAUAUACAGAUCAGUAGAUCUAGUUAGAAUUGUUCUUAAUAUGUGGCUAAUGGAAUUCAAUGUGGCACCAACAUGAGAAGUACAAGGUGGAUACUUCUUGGAUUGCAGAAUAAACUUCUGGUUACAAUUAGAUGCACAGAUAAUCAAUUUAUUUAUGUUUAGUGA